AUGGAUAAUAAUCAGGAAACAAAGAAAUGUUUCUGUGCGCGAUGUUUCUUGCCCAUUGAUGCUGAAGAUAGAGUUGAUAUAGAAAAUCAAAAUUUCCAUAGGAUAUGCAGCAUGUGUUGUAUAUGCCGAACGAUACCGACUACUCUGAAAAUGUUUUAUGGUCACGUGUUUUGUAACGAAUGUUUCAAAACACACGUGUUGACAAGGUUUAAGGGGGAGAACCCACGGAUCCAUUCCAACAGUUGGUGGAUGCAAUGGGCGCCCGGAGUGAAGCCUCAGGACCAAGAAAAUAAGGAGAGCGUUGAUUCGAAAACUUCAGAGAGUCCAAUGGAAGAGCCGGGCAAGAGAUGCAUUUGUGCAAGGUGUCUGCAGCCUGUUGCUGAAGAUCGCAUCAGCAUUGGUGAUCAAAGCUUCCACUCGCAUUGUGCUCGAUGCUAUUUUUGUCGCUCGAUACCGAAAUCGAAUUUAAAAAUCUAUUACGGCCAAGUGUUUUGUGAAGAUUGCUUCCACCGCCACGUGAUGAGCAGGAAUCGCGACAACCCCUCGGAAUUUUUUAAGAAUUGCUUCGAACAAUGGCAAAAUAACCCGCAGUUUGCUGAAAAUAUGAGGGAGUUUAUGUGUGGAAAUCGGGAGCAAUCGCCGCUGGUAUUUAUGAUGCAAGAUCAACACCCGCCCUUCUGCAGGUGCGGUACGGGCCCCCAAGAAUGGUUCCAGCCUAGUGAACCAAAAAAGUCGCAAAGAUCCAUCGCUGGAGACUCUACUUGGGAUCUAUCUUUUGAAAACCGCACAGAAGUUUCUGAUGUUCCUGAAUCGAUAGAUGAUUUAGCGAACCCUGAAAAUUGUUCUGUUACGGCAGCAGAAAAAAUCGAAAAGCUCACAAAAUAUUUACACGAACGGCAAGAAAUUGAAGAUAAAAUAGAGAAAAAAUGGAAAAACUUUGAAUUAGAUAAUGUUUCAAUCCUAUCUAAAGAUUCAUUUAAGUAUUGGCGGGAUAUCCAGGAGACCAAAGUGAAACGAAAUGAGCUGGAAUGUCCUAAAUGUUUGUGGCAGUGUGGUCCUAUUUAUGUAAGCACUGAAUAUUUGCAAAAGAAGCAAAUUAUUUGCGAAGAAUAA